AUGGGUUGGAGACGGUCCGCUGGAAAUGAUCAGCGCAGAGCAGCGCGGCGGCGCACCCGCCAGCUUGGAUGCCCAUUAGGGCUGACGCGGCCGCCGCCCGGAAAAUGGAUUUUUGCAGAGGAGCCGGUUGGAGCCGCCUGCGGCCGAGCCCUGCUGCGCUGUGGCCGACCCUUAAGCCCGCGGCCUAACAAACACGUAGCCCGUGAUCAACCACGCGCCAUUUAUACAAGGCAGGGCGAAGCCGGCCGCCGUUACGGGCGAGGAGCGGCUGGCAGAAGGAUUACCGAGCCCGGCAGGUGCACUGUACUGGGGCCAGGAACGUCUGCCGCUGGGCUGGACGGCGGGGCACCUCUGGGCCCGGACACGACGGGCCGCCCCAGGGGACUGCGGGCUGCGACGCGCCGCGACGCUCCGCGCCGCGACGCGAAGUCGUUAAGCGCCGACAUCAAUUUCCUGCGCGCGUCGGCCACAAAAAUCAAUGGACCGGCAGCGGGAAGAGUCUGCUGGCCGCCCCCGCAGGCGCCGCCUCCGCCUCCGCCUCCGCCUCCGGGCAGAGGUGCCGGCAAGACACGGCCCGGCCGCCCACCCCCGGCCGCUCCAUUAGGCAGACCCGGAGGCGGCGGCGCGGCGUCCACGGGCUCGGCACUAGUAGUCUCUCGGAGCCGAGUACACUGCAUGGCAGUGCCCAGCAGCGAAGCACUUGUAAGAGGGACAGGCGAAGAGACUGCCUCGCGCAGAAGGGCGGCCACCUACGACCGGUGCGUAGUACAGGGCGGGACGCCCUCGGCGGUCUUUUCCCGCGCAUACUGUGUGGCCCCUCGGACCGACGCCGACGCCGACGCCGGAAUUAGCAAAAUUAGCAGCGCGUCCGGCAAGGGCGUCGCCGUGCGCCGAGUUGGUUAA